AUGAAACCUGAUAAAGUGAUCAUUAAACAAGUCAGUUUAACAUUCAUCGUUGAAGGAUUCACGGCUGCAGUCAAAGUGGAAACUCAUUCCUGCCGUCAUGCUACUAAGCCRAACAACAAAGAAAAAAAUCAAAAUCCCAAAUGCAUCGCUUACGAUUACAAUCGAGUGGUUUUGGACCAAUUGCAAAACGUACCGGAUUCGGAUUACAUCAACGCGUCAUACGUAGACAGCCUGUUGAAACCGAACGCCUACAUCGUCACGCAGGGACCAACCGAGAACACGGUCAACGAUUUUUGGCGCAUGAUAUGGCAAGAAAACGCGUGUUGCAUCGUCAUGUUGACCAAGACUUUCGACUUUAUCAAGGUUAUGUGCAUACAGUACUGGCCAUCGGCCAAGGUGAAUAGCGAAAACUACGGCGAUCUCAAUAUAUCAGUGUUGCACGAAGAAGAAUUAGCCAAUUUUCAUAUCAGGACCAUACAAGUCGUUAAAAAACAAGGAACGAAAGAAGAAGAAACCAGGACUCUACUUCAGUUCCAUUACACAGAAUGGCCAUGCCACACUUGUCCGUUCUCAAACGCGAUAUUGGAGUUCAGGCGAAGAAUGAGAGCCGUCGUUGGUUCCCGUCUGCAACACGACAACCCCAUCGUAGUCCACUGCAAUGACGGCGGUGGUCGUUCUGGUGUCUACCUGUCGAUCGACGCCAACCUGGAACUUGCCGAAGAAGAAGAUUGUUACGACGUAUUCGGUUAUUUGAAAACACUCAGACAGUCCAGAAAAGGAAUGGUCGAGACACUGGACCAAUACAAAUUCAUAUACGACACGUUAGAGGAGUUCGUGCUUUGCGGGUUUUCAUGGUUUCCCGUCAAAGAACUUUCGCAAAAACUGAAACAAAAGUCUAUGAAGGAAAUCGAGACCAAACUCAACGAAUACCAGAGAGAGUACCAGCAAAUCUGCAAGAUGACACCACGUUUUACGAUUGGUGAUUGUGCGGGUGGACAUCGAGGCGACAAUCGAGAAAAGAACAGAGACGUGUUGAUMGUUCCGCCUGACAACUUCCGUCCSUAUUUGAUUUCGUUCCAAGGCAACACGUUUACCGACUACAUAAACGCAGUUUUCGUCGACGGCUACACCAAGCCUAGAGAGUACAUUGUCACUGAAUGGCCCCUCAAACACACACCCGGCGAUUUUUGGUCGCUCGUGUACGAUUACGAGUGUUCGGCUGUGGUCGUCCUCUGCCUGCCGCCCAGAGACUCUCAACAAUACCCUCCGUUUUGGCCGGAAGGUAGACAUUCCAAGAAAUACGGUCCGGUGUUCACCAUCGAUCAUAUAUCUCACAAUCACUACGCGAACAUAAAGACAUGGUUGUUUAGGAUCAACAAAAAGAUCGUUUCACUCACCGAACUCAUGGCUGGUGUAAAAGCACCGCCGAGGACCGUUCAAUUGUUUCAGCUCACUUGCUGGCCGCUGGGCCACAGGGUGCCAACUUCCACCAACUCUCUGGUCGAACUCAUGAACAUGGUCGAGAGAUGGAGACAGAGGAUCGACUACGGACCCGUCGUGGUCGUAUCGCACGAUGGCAGAGGCAGGUGUGGCGUUUACUGCGCUGCGAACGCGUGUAUCGAACAAGUGAUCCAACACGGCGAAGUAGACGUCUUCCAAGCCGUGAAGACUGUCAGACGUCACCGACCGCAACUCAUAGAGAAUAUGACUGAGUACAAAUACUGUUACGACCUGGUGUUGCACUACGUGCUGCACUACCUGAACAAGGACCAAAAGGAGAAGAAAUGA